AUGUCCCAUUCUACCCACCCAUAUCAAAAGGAACUUGAAGUUGCAACUUUAGCAGUAAAGCGUGCCUCAUUGCUCACUAAACAAUUAAGUGACUCCAUUGUGCAGACUGCCAAGUCAGGCACACUCACUAAAGAUGACAAGUCACCCGUGACUAUUGGAGAUUUUGCUCUGCAGGCUAUUAUCAACCAUGCCAUUAAAUUGAAUUUCCCUAAUGAUGAAAUUGUUGGUGAAGAAGAUUCACGGGAAUUACAGGAAAACACUGGCUUGGCUGACCAAAUGUUACAACUAAUCACCAAGAUCCAAAAGGAAACCAGCGGAUAUAACGACAUUGUUGGAACAUUGACUGACAAGAACGAGGUGUAUCAGAGUAUUGAUUUUGGAAACUCACAAGGCGGUCUGAAGGGGAGAUUCUGGGCAUUAGACCCAAUUGAUGGGACCAAAGGAUUCCUCAGAGGUGACCAAUUUGCAGUGUGUUUGGCAUUGAUUGAAGAUGGGAAAGUGGUAUUAGGUGUUAUUGGAUGUCCAAACUUACUGGAAAACAUUGUAUCGAACGAAGAACAUUCAGGGGUUGUUGGUGGGUUGUACUCUGCUGUCAAAGGAGUUGGCUCAUUCUACAGUGAGUUGUUCAAAGAAGGUGCAGAACCAUUGUCACAGCAAAAACGAAUCAAAAUGCAAAACCAUACAAACCCUAGCCAAUUGAAGGUUGUUGAAGGUGUUGAAAAAGGUCAUUCUUCGCACUCCACCCAAACUGAAAUCAAAGCCAAGUUUGGAUUUGACCUGGCAACUGUUGCAAAACAAACUAUCAAUCUCGACUCACAGGUCAAAUACUGUGUGUUGGCAAGUGGACAAGCAGACAUAUAUCUCAGAUUACCAGUAAACGAAACAUACCGUGAGAAAAUCUGGGACCAUGCCGCUGGUAAUAUCUUGAUAUACGAGAGUGGUGGUCAAGUUGGUGAUGUCACUGGUUCACCAUUGAAUUUUGGGAAUGGUAGAACAUUAGACUCUAAAGGUGUGAUUGCCGCAAACAAGGGGAUAUUUGAUAAGGUUAUAGAUGCGGUUACUGAAGUAAGAAAGUGA